CCGCGGUGCACCAUCCAGCUCCCGCACGAUUUUUGAGCAGCAAAAGGCGCCGCCCGGCCGCGCGAGCCGCGUGUUACGGACGCAGCGAUCGUACUGGGCCGCGGACUGGACCAGACGACCACGUGGACCAAGCGAAAGCCGAGCAACACCGCGGCUCGGGACCAAGACAGUUGUGGGGGGCUGCCCCAAGGACAUUUGUCGAGCGGACCCGCCGGGACACACGCGACACAACGUGAACGCGGCAGCACGCCAUCGACGCGGAUCAUGGCUGCGGCCGAGGCGAAGACCAAUGAUGCGGAGGCGCCCGCGCCACCUUCAAUCAUUUACGCGACGAACCCGGAGCCGACCAUCGCCCACGGCGCCGCCAAGGACGUGACGGACUGUGAUUAUGGGCGGCUUUUACUGAGGAGGUGGGGCGUGCCCAAGUCGCGCUUCGUCGGCAACAUGCUCAUCCUCUACAAAUCGAAACGCGGCAAGCCCCGAAUUAUGUUAGGGCCCUAUUGGACCAUGCUGCUGGGCGUGACCGUGCCCCUCUCUAUAAUAAUGCCGGCGCUGAUCUGUGGACUACUACUCAGUACCAAAGUACAUGUAGGCGUGCAGAUCGCCUACGGUAUUAUUGUCCUGUGGACCGCGUGUGCACUCAUGUCGGUGUCGCUGCGGAACCCGGGCCUGGUGGAGAGGCGAGACUCGAUCCCGAUGCGCGAGAACGGCAAGCCCGAGCUGGCGUGGGUCUGGAACGAUCAAGCUCGAACCUGUGUGGAAAUCAACCGGUGUCGGGUGCACCCGGCAAUUCUCCACGAAGUCCUUUCUCGGCGAUCGGUGAGGGACCCCACCGCCACGCCAUCGAGCUGGCGUCGCGUCGAUGGCGUGGAGGUCAUGAUUCGACGCGCCGCGACGAUUGGAUUUCUACGCAGGCCCGGACGUACAAGCCGCCCGGCGCGCGUUAUUGUGAUUGGUGCAACGCCGUGUUUUAUGAAUUUGACCACACCUGCCCCUGGACGGGCACGGCGAUCGCCCGGAACAACAUGCGAAGUUUUCGGUCCUUCGUGGCGCUCGUGCAGCUGGAGCUGUGGUGCACGAUCGCGGUCGUCAUUUUGUGGUUCUCGGAGCUGGUGCCCCGGUAACGAC